AUGUUAUCUGAAGGAAAUCAAAGUAUCAUGCCCACUUUUAUACUGUUGGGUUUUUCAGAAUACCCAGAACUCCAGGUUCCACUCUUCCUGAGUUUCUUGUCCACCUACACAGUCACCGUGGUGGGGAAUCUAGGCAUGAUAAUAAUUAUCAGGAUCAAUCCAAAACUCCACAUGAUUAUGUACUUUUUCCUCAGUCACUUGUCUUUUGUGGAUUUCUGUUAUUCCACUGUAGUUACACCCAAACUGCUGGAGAACUUGAUUGUGGAAGACAAAACUAUCUCUUUCUCUAGUUGCACCAUGCAGUUUUGUCUUGCUUGCAUAUUUGGAGUGACAGAAACAUUCAUGUUAAUGGCGAUGGCUUAUGACCGUUUUGUGGCAGUUUGUAACCCCUUGCUGUAUACCACUACUAUGUCUCAGAAGCUUUGUGUUCUGCUGGUUGCUGGGUCCUACACAUGGGGUGUAGUGUGCUCUCUGACACUCAAAUACUUUCUUCUCUCAUUAUCUUAUUGUGAGUCUAGCGUUAUAAACAAUUUUAUCUGUGACCACUCUGUAAUUUUUUCCAUCUCCUACUCAGACCCCUACAUCAGUCAGAUGCUGUGUUUUAUUGUUGCCAUAUUCAAUGAGGUGAGCAGCCUGAUGAUCAUCUUUACUUCCUAUGUAUUCAUUUUUAUCACUGUCAUGAAGAUGCCUUCUACAAGUGGACGCCAUAAAACCUUCUCUACCUGUGCCUCCCACCUGACUGCUGUCACCAUCUUCCAUGGGACCAUCCUUUUCCUCUACUGUAUCCCUAACCCCAAAACUUCCUGGCUCAUAGUUAAAGUGGCUGCUGUGUUUUAUGCUGUGGUGAUUCCCACAUUGAAUCCCUUAAUCUACAGCCUUAGGAACAAGGAUGUGACCGACACAUUCAGAAAAUUAGUUAAAACAAAACUCCUUUUUCAAUCACCAUGA